AUGAAUCGGACGGUCCCAAUAGCUGUCGAUGGCCGGCCGAUGUCGAGUGACAGCAAUUUGCCUCAGAGCCCAACUGUGGCCGCGUCCGUCGGGCUCAGCAACACCGAGAGGCCACUCUCCCCGAACUACCAAGUAGAUGGCGAUGCUAUGGACGCUCUCAAUCUGAUGGCUGCGAGUCAAAGCUUCAAGGAUGAGCAAUCCAAGGUGUACCUCGAACUGAAAGAUGGCCAGGUUUUCGAAGGGCUGAGCUUCGGGGCCGACAAGAGCGUCUCUGGAGAACUCGUCUUCCAGACUGGCAUGGUCGGCUAUCCAGAGUCCAUCACAGAUCCAUCGUACCGCGGUCAACUCUUGGUCAUCACUUUUCCAUUGGUUGGCAACUAUGGUGUGCCAUCUAGAGACACUCUAGAUGAGUUGCUCGGUGAUCUCCCCAAGCACUUCGAGUCCGACGAGAUCCACAUCGGCGGCCUGGUCGUCGCCUCAUACGCUGGCGAGAGUUACUCCCAUCAUCUAGCAACUUCUUCCCUUGGCACCUGGUUGAAAGAACAAGGAGUCCCCGCAAUAUGCGGAGUCGAUACCCGGGCUUUGACGAAGAUCAUCCGUGAAGAAGGCAGCAUGCUAGGCCGAAUUCUACAAGCCAGACCAUCUCCGAAGUCGAAGCUCACCAACGGCGUCAAGUCGAAUCCCCUCACAAACGGAGACGUGGUGAUGGGCCCACAGAACUGGCGAGAGCAAGUCGAAGAAGUCGAGUGGCAUGACCAGAACAAGAGAAAUCUAGUGGCAGAGGUCUCUGUGAAGGAACCCAAAGUCUACUCCCCUCCGAGAUCUCGAGCUCUGCUUCAUCCGUCUGGGAGACCUGUUCGAGUGGUGGUUGUGGAUGUGGGUCUCAAAUACAACCAGCUUCGCUGUCUGUUAGCACGGGGAGUUGAGGUUCUUGUAGUUCCUUGGGAUUAUGACUUUCCAGCGCUGGCUGGGAAAGACUACGACGGACUUUUCAUCUCCAAUGGGCCUGGAGAUCCUGCAAUGAUGACACCUACAGUCAAAAACAUUGCGGAAGCCAUGAAGGAGGGACGGACACCCAUCUUUGGGAUAUGUCUGGGACAUCAGCUCCUUGCUCGCGCAGCCGGUGCCAACACGUUGAAGAUGAAGUUCGGUAACCGUGGCCACAACAUCCCAUGCACGAACCUGUUGUCAGGGAGAUGUUACAUCACCUCACAAAACCAUGGAUUCGCUGUUGACUCCAUGACACUCCCAGACGGGUGGGAGGAGCUGUUCGUCAAUGCCAAUGAUGGCAGCAACGAAGGUAUCCGACAUGUGUCUCGACCAUAUUUCAGCGUGCAAUUUCACCCCGAAUCGACCCCGGGCCCCCGGGACACCGAGUUCUUGUUUGACGUCUUCAUUGAUGCCAUCAUGAAGUGCAUUGACUCGGUGGAAGCCCUGUUGGAACCCGUCAGUUUCCCGGGUGGUACUGUCGAAGAAAAUGAGCAAGCCCACCCUCGGGUCAACGUCAAGAAAGUCCUUGUUCUCGGAAGUGGCGGUCUCAGCAUAGGCCAAGCUGGAGAAUUCGACUACUCGGGAAGUCAGGCUAUCAAAGCCUUGAAGCAAGAGGGUAUCUACACUGUAUUGAUCAACCCCAAUAUUGCCACCAUACAGACUUCGAAGGGCUUAGCAGACAAAGUCUAUUUUCUACCGGUGAAUGCAGAUUUCGUUCGCAAGGUCAUCAAACACGAACGACCAGAUGGUGUCUACUGCACGUUUGGUGGCCAGACAGCUCUGCAAGUGGGGAUCCAACUUAAGGAUGAGUUCGAAGCUCUAGGAGUCAAAGUUCUUGGAACUCCGAUUGAUACCAUCAUCGUCACAGAGGACCGUGAACUCUUUGCUCGAAGUAUGGAGUCCAUUGGAGAGAAAUGUGCCAAGUCAGCCUCCGCCUCGAGCUUAGAAGAAGCAAUGCGUGUUGUACAGGACAUCGGCUUUCCCGUUAUCGUGAGAGCAGCCUACGCCCUAGGAGGCCUCGGCAGCGGUUUCGCCGACAACGUUGAUCAACUACGCGAGCUUUGCACAAAAGCUUUCGCAGCAAGUCCGCAAGUCCUUAUUGAGCGAAGUAUGAAGGGCUGGAAGGAAAUUGAGUACGAGGUGGUCCGAGACGCCCGCGACAACUGUAUCACUGUGUGCAACAUGGAGAAUUUCGACCCCUUGGGCAUCCAUACUGGCGACUCGAUUGUUGUUGCACCGUCUCAGACGCUGUCAGAUGAAGACUAUAAUAUGUUGCGUACAACAGCAGUCAAUGUCAUCCGUCAUCUUGGCGUUGUGGGAGAAUGCAACAUUCAGUACGCACUCAACCCGUUCUCCAAGGAGUAUUGCAUCAUCGAAGUCAAUGCCAGACUAUCGCGAUCUUCAGCCCUUGCAUCAAAGGCUACGGGCUAUCCUCUGGCAUUUAUCGCAGCCAAGCUGGGCUUGGGAAUCCCAUUGAAUGAGAUCAACAACUCGGUAACGAAGAAAACAGUCGCUUGCUUCGAGCCGUCACUUGACUAUGUCGUCGUCAAAAUUCCACGCUGGGAUUUGAAGAAGUUUACCCGCGUGUCUACACAGCUGGGUUCUUCGAUGAAGAGCGUUGGCGAGGUCAUGGCGAUCGGUAGGACAUUCGAGGAGGCCAUCCAAAAGGCUAUACGUUCGGUUGACUUCCACAACCUGGGUUUCUCCGAUGUGUCCAAUCCUCUGAUGUCUGUCGACGACGAAUUGCAAACGCCCUCGGACCAGCGCAUGUUUGCAAUCGCGAACGCCAUGCACGCAGGCUAUUCCGUAGACAAAAUUUGGGAGAUGACCAAGAUUGACAAGUGGUUUCUCUCGCGACUUAAGGGUCUCAGCGACUUUGCAAAGCACAUGUCCACCUUCACUACGACCACCGUACCUCUACCUCUAUUUCGGCAGGCAAAGCGACUUGGAUUCUCGGACAGACAGCUGGCACGCUAUUGGAACUCAAAUGAGCUGGCCGUGCGACGCCUGAGAGCUGAGGCUGGUAUCCACCCCAUCGUCAAGCAGAUUGACACUGUGGCGGCAGAGUUCCCCGCUUAUACGAAUUACCUUUAUCUCACCUACAAUGGCACAGAACACGAUGUCACAUUCAAUGACCAUGGCGUGAUGGUGCUGGGGUCAGGUGUCUACAGGAUCGGCUCUUCCGUCGAAUUCGAUUGGUGUUCGGUGAGAGCCAUCCGUACUCUUCGACAGCAGGGCUACAAGACAGUCAUGGUAAAUUUUAAUCCGGAGACCGUAAGUACUGAUUAUGAUGAGGCAGACAGGCUCUACUUCGAGAACAUCAACCUCGAGGUAGUCCUGGAUAUCUAUCAACUCGAGUCAUCUAGUGGUGUGAUUAUUUCCAUGGGUGGGCAGACACCAAACAACAUUGCGUUGCCCCUGCAUAGACUGAACGUGAGGAUUCUGGGCACAUCGCCAGAGAUGAUCGACUCGGCGGAGAACAGGUACAAGUUCUCCCGUAUGCUCGACCGGAUCAACGUGGACCAGCCAGCCUGGAAAGAACUUACCAGCAUUGACGAUGCCCUGGACUUCUGUGAGAAGGUGAAAUAUCCCGUUCUCGUCCGACCAUCCUAUGUACUUUCGGGCGCAGCGAUGAACACGGUAUAUUCAAAAGACGACCUCGAAAGUUACCUCAACCAAGCAGUGGCUGUGUCGAGGGACCACCCAGUUGUGAUUACAAAGUACAUUGAGAAUGCCAAAGAGAUCGAGAUGGACGCGGUCGCCAAGGAUGGCGUUAUGACAGGACAUUUUAUUUCCGAGCAUGUUGAGAACGCCGGUGUCCAUUCGGGAGAUGCAACGCUCAUAUGUCCCCCGCAAGAUCUCGAGCCUGAGACCAUUGCCAGGAUUGAAGAAGCAACACGAAAGAUCGGGAAUGCGCUUAAUGUCACAGGUCCCUUCAACAUCCAAUUUAUUGCGAAGGACAACGAGAUCAAGGUCAUCGAAUGCAACGUGCGCGCUUCGAGAUCCUUCCCCUUUGUCUCGAAGGUCAUGGGCGUUGAUCUUAUCGAAAUGGCCACCGAUGUCAUCAUGGGCAAGUCUGUUACUCCAUACCCACCCGUGAAUCUCCCGCCAGAUUACGUGGGUGUCAAGGCGCCACAAUUCUCCUUCUCUCGCCUCUCCGGAGCCGAUCCGGUCUUGGGUGUCGAGAUGGCGUCAACUGGAGAAGUUGCCUCAUUCGGGCGAGACCGUUAUGAAGCGUACAUCAAGGCAACCAUCUCGACCGGCUUCAAGCUGCCCGAGAAGAACAUCCUCCUCUCCAUUGGAUCAUUUAAAGACAAGAUGGAAAUGCUUCCAUCAGUCCGCAAGCUGCACCAAAUGGGCUAUAAGUUGUUCGCGACGUCGGGCACCGCUGAUUUCCUUGAGGAGCACGGGAUCAAGGUCAAGUACCUGGAAGUUCUCGGUAGCGAGGAAAAAGACCAGAAGUCUGAAUACUCGCUGAGCCAACAUCUGGCCAGCAACAUGAUUGAUCUCUACAUCAACCUGCCCUCCAACAAUAGAUUCAGGAGACCUGCCAAUUACAUGAGCAAAGGAUAUCGGACCCGGAGAAUGGCAGUCGACUACCAAACCCCUCUGAUCACCAACGUCAAGGUUGCGAAGAUCCUGAUCGAGGCUCUGGCCAGGCACUAUGACUUGAACAUCCGCAAUAUCGACUUCCAGACAAGCCACCGGACUGUUGUGCUUCCAGGGCUCAUCAAUGUCGCUGCAUUCGUCCCUGGCAUUACGGAGAAAGGAUCUCCCGACUUCUCUCUUGUCACGAAAGCAUCUAUAGCAGCGGGCUUCAGCAUGAUCCGAGUCAUGCCUGUCGGCAUUGAGGGCGCAGUUACCGAUGCCAGAUCUCUCAAAAUUGCUCAGUACAAUGCAGCCCAUGGUGGAGCCUAUUGUGACUUUAACUUCUCCGUCGCCGCGACGGAUAGCAACUCGGAGCAGAUCAUUCCCGUCAAGGGGGAGGUCGGAUCACUGUUUAUCCCAUUCAAUCAUCUCUCGUCUGGCAACAUCAAUAAGGUCGCGACUGUCACUGCACAUUUUAGCACAUGGCCCUCGUACAAGCCGAUUGUGACCGAUGCAAAGACCACGGACCUAGCGUCGAUUCUUUUACUGGCCAGCCUCCAUGACCGGAAGGUUCACGUUGUGAACGUCACCUCGAAAGACGACAUCAGCCUCAUCGCGCUGUCCAAGGAGAAGGGUUUGAAAGUCACCUGUGAUGUAUCAAUCUACAGCCUCUUCCUGUCACAAGCAGAUUAUCCGGACUGUCCCGCGCUGCCUACGCUUGCCGAUCAAAAAGCGCUGUGGGACCAUCUGCCCAUAAUUGACGUUUUCUCCAUCGGCAGCCUCCCAUACCAGAUUGCAGGCGACAACGCGGUGCCCACCGUCGGCAUUACCGAUGCUCUUCCACUGCUACUCACAGCGGUCUCGGAAGGAAAGAUGACCAUGGAGGACGUCACCAAACGUCUCCACGACAAUCCGAAGGCCAUCUUUGAACUGCACGAUCAGAGUUCCACCUCUGUCGAAAUCGAUAUCGAUCGACCGUAUGUGCUCCAGGUCGGAGAUGUGUGGUCGCCCUUCGUAGGAAGAACAUUGAGAGGGUCGGUCUCAAGAGUCAUGUUCCAAGGGCAUACUGCCUGUCUGGAUGGCGAGGUCCUUCUCGACGGUCCUCGAGGCUCUGACAUGUCGUCACACCUGAUUCAUCCUCUCGCAGCCGUGGCUGGCUCGACCUCACCGGUAAUUCAACCGCAGGUCGAAAGUCCAUUGGACAGACGGACUUCGGUCCUGGACAAUAGACGCGUGUCAGUAAGCGCAAGAAGCAGGCCCAUCGUCCGGGCCCGGCCCAUGGAGGAGCUCCAACCGGCACCGGCGACGGCAACCAGUCCCAUUCUCCCCGCUGUGGCGCCCUUGUAUCAACCACAGCCCCAAUCUACCAUAUCCCCCUCGCUACUGUCCCUCCUCGCCUCAUCACCGUUCAAGAACCGCCACGUCCUCUCUGUCAACCAAUACACCCGCCAAGAUCUGCACAUCCUCUUCACGGUGGCGCAAGAGAUGCGCCUGGGCGUCCAGCGCCAGGGCAUCCUCCCCAUCCUGCAGUCACGCGUGCUAUGUACCAUGUUCUACGAACCCAGCACACGGACAUCCGCGUCCUUCGACGCCGCCAUGCAGCGCCUCGGCGGCCGCACUAUCGCCAUCAACACCGACCACUCGAGCACGCAGAAGGGCGAAUCCCUACCAGACAGCAUCCGCACGCUGGGCUGCUACGGCGACGCAGUGGUCCUUCGCCAUCCGGACAACGACUCGGCCGCCACGGCUGCCAAAUUCUCCCCAGUCCCCAUCAUCAACGGCGGCAACGGCAGCCGCGAGCACCCCACACAAGCGUUCCUGGAUCUCUUCACCAUCCGCGAAGAAUUGGGCACCGUCACAGGCCUGACCGUCACCUUCACGGGUGAUCUCAAGUACGGCCGCACGGUCCACUCGCUCGUCAAGCUGCUGCAGUACUACGAAGUGCGCAUCAACCUCGUCUCACCUCGUGCACUGGCGCUGCCGGACGAGGUGCGCGAUCAGAUCGUCUCGUCCGGUCAGUUGGCCAUCGAGGCAGACACGCUCACGCCCGACAUCGUCGCAAAGAGCGAUGUCUUGUACUGCACGCGCGUCCAGAAGGAACGAUUCCCCUCCCUGGAAGAAUACGAGCGGCUGAAGGACUCGAUGAUCGUGGACAACGCCGUGCUGAAGUACGCCAAGAGCAGCAUGAUCGUCAUGCACCCGCUGCCCCGGAACCGCGAGAUCAGCGAGGAAGUGGACUUCGACCAGCGCGCCGCCUACUUCAGACAGAUGCGCUAUGGGCUGUACACGAGGAUGGCGCUGUUGGCGCUCGUGCUCGCACAUUGA